GAAGCUGGAUCGGCCUCAGCAAGAACCGGGGUGAGACUGAAUACACUAAGUGGUGUAAUGGAACCCCGCUGAGUUUCAGAAUCUGGGACUCAGGGCAGGCAUUCGACAUAAACAAUCAACACUGUAUUACUACAGAGAAUAAUAAAUGGUGUGAUUACUACUGUGACAGGCCAAUGCCCUUCUUCUGCUACAGUGAGGUGAUUGUGAUUGAGGAGAAGAAGACCUGGGACGAGGCGCAGAAGCACUGCAGAACUUACUACACUGAUCUGUUCAGUGUAACCACACAGACCGAUCUGCUUGUGGUUAAUGACAUAAGACUGAACAUUACGAGCAGUUUCUGGACUGGUCUGCGCUUUCUUGCUGGUUCAUGGUUUUGGGUGAACGAGGAGGAAUUUGUGGGGAGCCAGGUUUCCUUGCCCUCAUGUCCUAAUCGGCCUUUUUUUUGUGGAGCCCGAAAAGCUGGAGCCAAUACCUGUGAGAACAGAGACUGCAGGGAGAAAAUGUACUUCGCCUGUUACCGCCAAGGAAGUGAAUAAAAGAUGCUGCAAUCAGGCCUGUGUGAGCAUGGAGAAGAAAAGACAUGAACAAAGAUGCAUGUUGAUCUUUAUAAUUUUAAACGAAUUAAUUAGAAUUGUUUGUUAUGAAUAAAGUUUCUUUCUGUACUAGAAUCAUUUCUGAUCAAAGCAGUUUAAAAUUUAAUCGAUAUUUGCUUUAUUUAUUUAUUUAUUGACUGUAGUUUUGAGUAAUA